CCGAAUGUAGUAAUUUAUGAAACCGGAUGUAGUAAUUUCCCCUGAAAAAACCUGGUCACACUGACUGUUGGACACAGUCGUUUGAUACAGACAAGAAAGAUUACAAAACAGAGCAAGUGUGAAACUGCCUUUUCCUUGGACUUUUAAGCUUCGAGACAUAAAUUCAUCUCGCACAUUUGCAAGAUUUCAGCAUGGUUUCUCGUCAAAACUUGAUCCAAUGUUGUUAUCUAGUUGCCUUCAUGGUAAGUGUGUUCAUGUGUUCUAAAAUGUACAAUGCGACAUGGCUUUGUUGUUGAACUGGCGAAAUGUUUCAGUUAUUGACUAAUUGUUAUUUUCUUUAUUCGAAGGAUUUAUUUGCGGUUGGCAUGCUUCUGCCGUUAUUUAAUCGUCGUGGAAGGGAGCUUGGGGUUUCGCCUUCGAUUCUUGGUGUAAUAGGUUAGCAUCUUUUGGUGAUAUUCUGUUUAGUUUUUGACCUGUUUCGUGAAUGAUUAUUAGACCAGUGCAUCUGCAAAGUGAAUGCAUGUCCGGCUUACAGUAGGUUCGUGAUUGGUUUUCUGAAACCGAAGUAAAAGUGAUCAGAUCAGUGUUCAAUGUCUUUUAUCAUAUUGGUAUGGGGCCACCCCUCUUGCCCAGAGUCCCUGAGAGUGAGGCCAGAUUACUGAUAUAGCCACCAUUAUAAGAGGAUAUAAUGCCUCCCCCCCCCCCUCCUUGAAAUUGCAAGGCUCGCAUUAAACCAUAGAGGCGAUAGAGCCAUCAUGUAGAGGUUGAAAAUAUACCCAGGGUAUCCAUGAUGAAAUCUCUCUGUGGCUCUGUUUCUUUAAAAAUUGAAAAUCAAAUCCUAAUAUAUUCCUUUUAAUAUCUAGGGUCAAUUUAUGGAGGCUUACAGUUCUUUUCCAGUCCUUAUAUGGUGAGUAUGAAAAAUAUCAAUUGAGAAUUUCAUAUAAGGUUAGAUUAUACACAGUUCUAAUUUCCUGCUGUUAUAGGGCAAAGCCAGUGAUGCAUGGGGACGUAAACCUGUGUUAUUGCUCAGUUUUAUUGGCUGUUUGGUUGGUUACUUUAUGAUGGGGAUAACAGAUACCAUCUUUCUUUUUGCCCUGUCAAGGUUUCCGACAGGUAAGCUUCGAAUGACUUUCAAAAUAUUUUGACAACCAAUAGAGACUGAUUUGCAUACAGCACACAGAAGACAAAAUAGACCUUGGCUAUAGUGGCCAGGGCCAAAUGAAAAGUAUACUUUACAGUCCUAUAACAUGUAACCUGCAACAUUAAAUACAAUGUACAAACUUUUGCAUGUGUCGUAAACACACUCGCACUAUAACCAUGACCCAUAGCCUGCGAACAGGCUCUCAAGCUGAAUUGAGAGCCUGCAUCGAUGACUAAUGAAUUUGAAUAUCUGCGUCUCAAAUCGUGACGCGAAAUUCUCAUUGGCCAGAUGCUAUAAUUUAUAUGUUUCCGCUGAGCUCUAUAUAUGUCAACUGCGAAGCACUAUGCAUAAAAAAACACAUUAACUGAUCAUAUUGGUCUUGGCCGUCUUAUCUCAAAGCACGAAAUGUUCUGUUUUGAGAAAACAGUGUUUAAAACAUUUGAACUUUUGCUUGAAUAUCUUAUAUUUCGAAAAAUAGUAUAAACUGUACGGUCUAAAUUUAGUUUGCACGGUCUAAAUUUAGUUUGCACGAAAGUUGUAAACAACACCAUAUAAGGAUAGACAUUCCAUAUUUGGAAAAACGAACGUUACGGGGCAGAUAUUCAAAUUCAUUAAUCAUCGAUGCAGGCUCUCGCAGGCUACAUGACCCAAGAAACACCAGGCCAUUAAGGAUUUUAGACUUUAAUGAGCUUUUAUUCAAACACCUUUAGGCAUCUUAAAACAUAGUCAAACCUCAGUGAAAGCUUACUUAUCUGAUAUCACAUUGCCAGAAGAGAGAGCUGGGGUGUUUGGAAGGUUUAAUGCUGUUGGUAGUCUUGGCUUCAUUAUUGCACCAAUAAUUGGAGGCACUGUGGCCAUGCAAGAGAAUGGAUAUUUUAAAGUCUCCCUCAUGACCUGUUCUGUCUACUUGUUUGGCUUGGCUUUUAUAUGGCUUGUGUUUGAAAACAAGAAAAUGAAAAGAUCAGAGGAAGCCAAGUUAAGCAAGAACACUGAAGAUAUCGAAAUUGUGGACAAAAGCAGUCAAUCGGGUGGUAGUGUCACCAGACGUAAAAACCUGGAUACGCAACCCGACGACUUGGCCAAUAAGAAGCAAGAUAGCAGUGGUUCUACUUUUUCAAAAUUCUUUAGCUUUCUAAAAAUUGUCUCUGUUCAAUGCAUCUUGGACUUAUUACUCAUUCGCUUUGUCAUGUCAUUGAGCAUGUUGAUAUAUCGUAGCAAUUUUACUUCAAUGCUGGAUUACCGCUAUGGAAUAGAUGCAAAGACUACAGGGUAUAUCAUCUCAUAUGGUAGUAUCGCAGGUGCAAUAUCUGGCAUGUCAAUGGGUACUAUCUAUAGUUAUGUAAAAAGUGACGCAAAAAUGAUGACAUUUGCAGCUCUUUUAAUGACAUCGUCAUUAUUUGGCAUCACUAUAUCUUCAAGUAUUUAUACAGUCCUCAUAUGCAUGGCUCCUCUGUCGCUCUCCACUGCUAUCAUGAGAGUGAAUUCACAUAAUUUGAUGUUAAAGCGUAUUGAGCCUGAGGAAAAAGGUGCAGUGAUGGGAGUUGGAGAUUCUUUGACAUCCGUAGCAAGGAUGAUGUCACCUGCAAUUGCAGGUUUUGCACAAGAGGUCAGUGUAACUGGACCUUGCUGGCUUUCAACAGGCUGUGCCGUCAUUGGUAUCGGACUGAUGUUAGCUUCUCGUCGAUAUAAACAAACCACGGAAGCAGGAAAGAAAACUGAUUAGGUACACUAGUUCUAGAUUCAUUAACUUAAAAAGACGUGGAAAUUGCAACCUCUGAAGUUUAAUUUGGUAAACUAUCCUGUUUAGAGACUAUAAUAUACAAUUGUUACACCCAAAUUGAUUCCAAUAAUUUACUUUUCAAAGACAAGUUGUUUAGCUAUCAUUCCAAAUCUUUUUUACUUCAGUGGAUUUUAUAACAAAAUGUAGAAAAUAUUUCACUAGGUGACAAUUACAAUAGGUUAUAUCAAUCAAAUGAAAACAACAUUAUAUUACAUUGUGUAGAUGUAAAGUGAUUAAAAUUGUAUUAUUUUUACUUGUUCAUUAUUUCAUUCAUUUAUGUACACUUUGGGAGGCUGAGAGAUGAAUUAGGAAUGUCGUAAGGAUACAGGAGAAUAGGCGUUGAUUCGUUCGUCCCAUGAGCAGUCUGCAAUCU